CUACAUUCUCUCCCCCAUAUCACAUAUAAACUCUUCGCCUCCGCUUGCUAGGGUUUCACUUGUCUCUCUCUAACCUCUCAUUUCGCUAUCUAUAUCUCCAUCUCUAUCUCCUCCAAACCAAAACCCUAGACACCAACAACCAUGGCCGAGAGAGGAGGCGGAGGCGACCGUGGCGGUUUCGGGCGUGGCUUCGGAGGCCGCGGGGGCGGCAGGGGGGGCGAUCGCGGCGGGAGAGGGGGGCGCCGCCGCAACCCCCGGCGCGAGGAGGAAGAGAAGUGGGUCCCCGUGACGAAGCUGGGGCGGCUGGUGAAGGACGGGAAGAUCAAGAGCAUUGAGCAGAUCUACCUCCACUCUCUCCCCAUCAAGGAGCACCAGAUCAUCGACACCUUAAUCGGACCUUCGUUGAAGGACGAGGUGAUGAAGAUCAUGCCAGUGCAGAAGCAGACUCGGGCUGGUCAGAGGACCAGGUUCAAGGCCUUUGUUGUUGUUGGUGAUGGCAAUGGCCAUGUUGGUCUUGGUGUUAAGUGCAGUAAGGAGGUGGCGACAGCUAUUCGUGGCGCGAUUAUUCUUGCUAAGCUGUCAGUGGUUCCGGUGAGGAGAGGGUACUGGGGGAAUAAGAUUGGGAAGCCCCAUACUGUGCCGUGUAAGGUUACAGGAAAGUGUGGUUCUGUUACUGUCAGAAUGGUCCCAGCUCCCCGAGGUGCUGGUAUAGUGGCGGCAAGGGUGCCAAAGAAGGUCCUGCAGUUUGCUGGGAUUGAGGAUGUGUUCACUUCUUCCCGUGGCUCAACAAAAACUCUUGGCAACUUUGUUAAGGCAACUUUUGAUUGUUUGAUGAAGACGUAUGGGUUCCUUACCCCAGACUUUUGGACAGAGACUCGCUUUGUGAAAUCCCCAUACCAAGAGUACACAGAUCUGUUGUCGCUAAAGCCAUCCAAGGUUACUUACGUGGAAGAUGUUCCAGAGAGAGCUGAAGUUUGAUCAGGUUAUGGUUUUAGCAAGAGAUCAAGAGAUGUUUUCCUUAAGCUAAAAUGUUUUUGUUCUCUGUUUUAUGGGAUGCUACCUGCAGUUUGAUUCUGGAUUUGUUGAAUCGCUACUCAAAUUUUGAAUUUAUGUGGUGCUUGCUUGAUCUUCCAUGGAUUUUGGAUUUGGAUAAUAUAAUGGCGCUUUAGUACUUGUUGGAUCAA